GCAGCGAUCAGUGUCACCUUGGAUGAAUAACGUUCACGGCUUCUGAACGGAUGAAAGAAAACGACACAUUUAAAUUCAGCAUGUUGGCACGCGAACGGUAGCGAGUUGGUGCUCGACACAGUGGCUGCGGUUGAGGUUUGCUAAUUGUGCUAGAGGAAAAGUCAGGAGGUUUCAUCCUCUGGGGACCAUGGAUACGUCAUUUGACUAAUAAGAAUAAUAACAGUACGAGUUGUCCUGGUGCAACAAAACUAAGAAGUAUGCUGAUGUUUGGUGCAAUAUCGCUACAAACUUUUAUCACAACAUUUUCCGACCCACACGUCCCAUUAAUCCUGCGUUCGGGCUGUUACCUCGAAUGCAUUUGUACAUUUUUUUCCGAGGAUCAAAUCACUGACCUGCUGCGUUUAAUCACAGACUUUAAGAUGCUUGUCACCGGCUCAUCUACUUGAACUUAUUUUCUCAUUUCACUCCCAAAUCCCUUUGUCACGACAACAGGGUGCAGUUUUUGAGUGUAGUUCAAAGUGGGGUCAUGUUAUUAUCCACUUAAGCUCUUGAAUAUGAUUUUACCGAGCAAGCAGUCAGAGGUUGGAUCAGACGAGGGUUUUGGUGGAGGAAUGGAAACGCCACUGUCAGUGAUGAGUUAGUUCUCUUGAAACAAAACAAUUCAUUUCAUGGAUAGUUUCUCACAGGCCUGUCACACCUUACAAACUUACUUAAACACACACACACACACACACACACACACACACACACAGACACAGACAGACAGACAGACAGACAGACAGACAGACAGUAAGGGUCUAACAAACAAACCUCUGUAUUCAGUUUUCUGUGAAACCACUGUCCUCCGUCCCUUUUUUGUUUAUUUUCUGUUGUACUCUGAUUUGAUUUGGUUUCUGUAGAUGUAUCUUUACUGAAAAAAUACAUUGUUGUUUUGCACGACUCUUCCCUCUUUUGCAUUGGUUACAUUUUUCGGUGUUUGCAUUUUCGAGUGUCUUUUUCUUUUAAUUUUUCUUCUUUCUUUGCUUUUUUUCCCCGUUCCCCUCCUUUUUUUUUUAUCUGAACAGAACAAUAAGGACAGAAUGUUUGAGGUCAAUGUUCGUGACCUGGAGCAGAAAUGCAGGUCGCAGAGUGAACACUUCCACCAGCUGUCCAAAGACCUGCUGAAUUUCGGUUUGCAAUCAGAUACUGGGGACAUCCUUAAAAUUAAUCCGUCCCGGAUCCCCCUUUCACCGGACAAGAAACUCCCACGAGUCGUCGUUGGAUUUGAAGCCCAACCAGAGAAAGGCAAUGAGAAUGUGGCAAACACGCCGCUGCUGAUCUCCCAGUUCUUGUCCUGCACGCCCGAGACUGGAGGCCAAGAACGACUGCGACUGCUCUCUGUCAAAUCUAGCACCGUGAUAGCGGACCACCCCAGCAGCCCUCGACAGCGGACUCCAUCAGAGAUGGAUGAUGAGGCCACCCCAACACCCAGGUCCAAGCCUCGCUACACAGGCCCGGUCCGCCUUUGCACUGCCCGCUACAGUUAUAACCCUUACGAUGGACCAAACGAGCAUCCUGAAGCAGAGCUCCCCCUUGUGGCUGGAAAGUAUCUGUACGUGUAUGGAAACAUGGAUGAUGAUGGCUUCUAUGAAGGGGAACUGCUGGAUGGCCAGCGUGGACUUGUCCCUUCCAACUUCGUGGAGUUUGUCCAGGACAAGGAAAAACCAGCUGGGGAGGGAGGGGACAACCUGGGCCAACUGGACCAUACACCCCUGGCCUUGAUGGCAGUAGAUGGUGGUGCCUCCCAGGACGGCCACCUGGGCUCAGCUAACGCCUUGGUUCCCUGUAGCAAUGGGACUGGGGGGCCACUUGACCCCGAGGACCUGGCUGAAGAUGUUGUGCCUUAUCCCCGAAAGAUCAACUUGAUCAAACAGCUGGCACGAAGCGUCAUCGUGGCCUGGGAGCCUCCACUAGUGCCUUUGGGCUGGGGGAGCAUCUCUGGUUACAACGUGUUAGUAGACGGGGAACUUCGUGCCAGUGUACAGUACGGUGGCCGGACCAAGAGUUUGCUGGAGAAGCUGGACCUGGACGGCUGCGUGCAUCGCGUGUCCGUGCAGUGCGCCACCGACCGCGGCCUGUCAGACGAGCUGCGGUGCACCUUGCUGGUGGGAGCCAACGUGGUGGUGGCACCGUGCGGCCUGCGAGUGGAUGACAUCCAGCGUGACACUGCCGAGCUCUCCUGGUUGCCUAGCAACAGUAACUAUGGUCACACUGUGUUCUUAGACGGGGCAGAGCACGCGGUAGUAAAGCCAGGAAGGUACAGACUGCGCUUCCUCAACCUGAAGCCCCUGACGGUGUACAAAGUGACGGUGGCGGCACAGCCGCACCAGGUGCCAUGGCAACUGCCGCUGGAACAGAGGGAGAGGAAAGAAGCUGGUGUGGAGUUCUGCACUCAGGCUGCAGGUCCAACACCAUAUUGCAGAACAGGUCCUCCCCAGCCUCCCCACGAUGUACGGGUGCUUUGUGGGCAGGCUCCAGGGGUCCUGCAGGUCUGCUGGAAGCCCCCAAUGCUCUCUCCCACAGGCACAUCUAAUGGGGCAAAUGUCAUUGGCUAUGCAGUAUGCACUAAAGGACAGAGGAUAGCUGAGGUGUUGUUCCCAAUGGCAGACUAUGUCGCUGUCGAGCUGACAAGGAUUCAGUGCCUGGAGGCCAGGGAAGUCAUCGUCAGGACGCUGUCAGUACAGGGAGAAUCCCAGGACUCCCAAGUCGCCGUCAUUCCAAACAACCUGCUUGUGCCUCUACCUGCGAUUCCCCUGCCACCGCCAAUGCACCCCCACACAGGCCCUCCUCCACACCCCCACACUGGCCCUCCUCCUCCACACCCCCACACUGGCCCUCCUCCUCCACACCCCCACACAGGCCCUCCUCCACACCCGCAUGCUCAGCACCACCUCCAGUCCCCUCACCUUCCCCAUGCCCCACUCCAACUUCCUGCCCCACCCCAGGCACAUGGUCAACCAAUCCCCGCCCAUCCUCAACCGCACCCCAGACUUCCCCAUCCUGGUGGACCUCCACAACCCCAGCUUCGACCCCCACAUCCCCAGCCGCAGCCCCUCCAUCUUCAGCCACGCCCACCUCACCAGGGUCCCAGGCCCCAGCACCAACUGCCUCUGCUACCCCACCCCCACCCCCAACCCCACCCUAUACCUCAGAGACCAGUAAGUGCCAGAGAACUGGAUGCCAAAGAGCAUGCGGCCCACCAUGGAGGAGCUAUUCAACCUAGCCAGCCUGGUUGGGAACCCAUGCGCUCACCCUCUUCCCAGCCUCCUGUGCCCAUGCAAGGUCACACCCUUGAGCCCCCACCAUCUGCCAAUCCACGCUCCCCUUCCCCACAAAGGAUUCUGCCGCAGCCCCGAGGCACGCUUAUCCCAGACACCGUCGCCAAAGCCAUUGCCCGAGAAGCAGCGCAGAGGGUGGCAGCAGAAAGUGGCAAGGGGGACAGGAGGCAGGGCAGGUACGGAGAGCAGGGUCACUCAUUUUAUCAGCAUCACUCUGACGAGGAGGACGAAGACGAGGAAGGGUUUGCGCGCGGCCGUCGGAGAGGACCCUCCGUUGAUGAGUUCCUCAGAGGCUCUGAGCUGGGGAGGCCGCCUAACUAUAGUCACGAUGAAGAUUAUCACAGCGAAAGCAGCCGAGGCUCUGACCUGUCUGACAUCAUGGAAGAGGAGGAGGAGGAGCUGUACUCUGAGAUGCAGCAUGAAGAGGGACGUCGACGCAACUCGCACAACACACCCAAGACAAACACUCCUGGCGGGGGCGGUCACAACCGGGAGUCGGGGAGAAGAGUUCAUCACGGCGGCCCCCAACCUCAGAGACGACCUCUAAUGGUCCCUUCCAUUGAGGUAACCUCUGAGAAUAACAGUGAGGGAAACCUCUCCCCCAUCACCGAGGAUGUUUACUAUGGCAAAGUAGCUCGGCACAGGACAUGGUCAUCCCGCAGGCACAUGGGCGGCACCAGGUCUCCCCAUGAUGGAUACAGGGAUCGCCGCUCUCCCCCGUACUAUGAUGAGUCAGAGACCGAGGAAUCCUUCCGGAUCUUUGUGGCCCUCUUUGACUACGAUCCCCUGUCCAUGUCACCCAACCCUGACGCAGCCGAUGAGGAGCUGCCCUUCAAAGAGGGGCAGAUCAUUAGGGUAUACGGUGACAAAGAUACAGAUGGGUUUUACAGAGGCGAAGUGAGGGGCAGGAUGGGGCUGAUCCCCUGUAACAUGGUGUCGGAGAUACGAGCGGAGGACGAGGAGACCAUGGACCAGCUCAUCAAACAGGGCUUCCUGCCGCUCAGCACGCCGGUGGACAGGAUAGAGCAGAACCGAAGAGGCCUCCGUCGAGAUCAGGCCUCGAGGAGGAUGGUGGCGCUGUACGACUACGACCCCAGAGAGAGCUCCCCCAAUGUCGAUGUUGAGGCUGAGCUCACCUUCUGUGCUGGUGACAUCAUGGCUGUGUUUGGAGAUAUCGAUGAAGACGGGUUCUAUUAUGGUGAGAUCAACGGCCACCGCGGUCUGGUUCCCUCCAACUUCCUGGAAGAAGUGCCUGAUGACGUGGAGGUGUAUCUGACCGAUACUCCGUCCCACUACCCCCAGGAAGAGCCUGCCAACCGGCCCCCUGCCAACUCCGCCGCCGCCGCCGCCGCCUCCGCCUCCGUCUCAGAGGGCAAACGGGUCACCACAGAAACCUCUGACGCGGCCGACAACGACACCGUCACCCCCGUCCGAGCGCCGUCCCCGAUCGUCCGCCCCCUCCUGCCGGGCACCAUGAGGCCUCUCAGCCCCGCGAGGGGCCACCACCUUCCGCUGGACCCCCGGGACCCUCAUAACCUGGCCAACAAGAAGAAGAAAGGACUUCUUUCCAAGGGGAAGAAGCUGCUGAAGAGACUCUCCCCAGUGAAAUAAAAACAAAGCAUAUAUGUACAAUAUGUGCACAUGCCAGGCUCUGUAUAUUUGCAUCCAUGCAAUCAACUCUGAUCCAACAACAGACAAGAGAGGAUGCGAGCUGUGUCCCCCGGACUGCGUGGGCCUAUUUAAAUAUAACCAGUCAUACAAUUAUUCAUGUUGGGUGAUCGCUAACGAAUCAACUAGAUUAUGUACAGUGCAGUGCCAAAAUCAAGCGAGGGGGUCAGCUGCAGACACAAAAAACACAUUACUGUGAUGUAUUUUGAAUCAAGAGAUAUUUAAAAAGAAAAAAAAAACUAGGAUUUUCAUGACAUACAUUUCUCUCUUUUCUUUACCACCAAGUCAAAGAAAAUUGACAUUUAUUUCAAGCAGGGUAGCUGUGAAAGCAAAGCGUCUAGUUACAUUUCCGACAGGGCUUUUUCUCAGCCCCCAAAAAUACAUAAAAAACAUACAAUUUUCUGGAGUAUCAGUGUCAAUACAAGGAAACAGACACUGGGCUCCCUUGAGGAAAAUCUCAAAUAGACUACACUGUUCUCGAGGCAUUCUGCGAAGUAAUGCUGGCUGCUAACACAAAGGCUUUAUUCAGUGCAAUAUCAUAGAGAGGUGGUAGCAUACUUGUACGUGGGGAUGGAAAGAAAUAAAAAAAUAAAAUACAAGAAAUGCGGAAGGGCAACAGGGCAUUGGGGUCGGAGACACCAGGCAAGCUCGGCUGUCUCAGUGGCCUUUAUGAAAUUAAACCCCCCACUAUGUGAGCGCGACGGUCCCCGUCUGAUCACGAGGCUCAACUCACGCCAGACCUUUUGUUUCGUGCUCUUUUUUUCUUGUCAUUUCGGAUGAACCGAUGAUUUCGAUGCGAUCGGGCAUCGUUCCGUUCCGUUGUCCUCGCCGUCCAACUGUCAUGAAACGCCUAGUUGAAGACAAAAUUUUGUGUCUGUCUUCCUAUUGCACAAAGGUGGGUGUUUUGUCUGAUGAUUGGUAAGACAUGUUUCGUGGGCCUGUGUGUGUGUGUGUGUGUGUGCGUGUGUGUGUGUGUGUGUGCAUAAGGCAGUAUGUGACGCAUUUAUUGUUUUGCACCUGUCACGUUGCUUGUUCACUGGUGUUUUUGUCUGUCACGGAGGCGAGGCCAUGUCCUUUGCUGGUCCUGUGAUCCAGUGAUGUGCUGCUACCUCCAUUGCCUGUGCGCCGUUUCGUUCUGUCGUCUCAUGUCCCCCGUCGAGGGGCCGACGCCGAAGCCUCAUCUGUGGAAAGAACCCGCAAAUCAAAAUUGGCAAGGUGUUGCAUGUGCUGUUUCCUGAGGUCUGUGGAGAUGAAUAUGAACCCAUUCGGCAUUUAUCUCCCACACGACUCGCACUCGCGCACACAAGGACGACACCAUACAAAGUGGACACGUCAGGGAAUCUGGUGCAGAGCGUGAUGUCUUUUUUUUUUUUGUGCUUUAUUCCCGUGAUCUUUGGAUAAUUUAACGAUUUACAAAAAUAAGCGAACGCACCGAGGGAGUCUGCAGGGCGCAGACGCUGCUGUCGCUCCGUCUAGGUGUGUCGACUCGCUGGAAUUUGAUGUAUUUAAUGAAGUCUGGAUGAAAAAGAAAAAAAACAACUCUUAUCUGCAUAUUGCCACUGAAGGAUUUGCAGCAGAAGAUGUGAUCCGGGCCAGCAGAAACUGUGUAAUGCUCUCACAUCCCGUCACAUCCACCGGCUGCUAAAUCAGUUACUGGUUGGAUUUAUUUUCAGUGUAACAAGCUCCAGAUAAUGAGAGAUCAGGCCGCGACGAGUGAGAAAUCACAACCAGCCUGAAUCUAAACUGAGUGUUAGCGUGAUUAGUCAAAUUUGACACUGAGCAUUUCACAUUUUUUUUUCUAUUUUGUUUUUGUUUUUAAUUCUUACAAUCAACAGUCAUUCGCGGCUCUCAAAUAUCCCACUAGAGCCAGGAUUUCAAAAGAAACUACUGAAAAGUUUACUUUGAUGGUUUCGACUGCCAGGGUUAAUCAGAUUCUGUAUGGAAGCCCUGGUGUGACAAAAAAAAAGAAAAAAAGAUCAUAUGUAUUUUUUCAUUUACACGUUCUUUUUUUUCUGAAUUAUCUGUCUCUCAAUCACAUUGAGAUUAAUGAAAAGCUGAACCUCACCCAUCACUUAUAGUCACAGCAAGUUCAAAUGCAUUUAUGGAGUAGCCAAAACACAACCUACUUACCUCUCUGGCUUUCAAGGUGACAGCCAUUGUGUGCGUGUUAAUUAUGAAAGAUUAUGGGAAUAAUGUUUUAAACAAUAAGAGUCCUCACACUGCACCAACAUUUUGUGUGGUGUGGGGUCGACCAGAAAUACCCAAGAAAUCAACUACUGAUUAGAGUGAUAGCUUUGAUAAUUAAAAACAAAACAAAACAACAACUCUCUUUUUAGUUUUUAACGUCCAUUUAAUCCUGUCGAUCUCCAGUCGUCCUUCAUGUCACAUUGCGCAAGAAAGAGGAGUCAGAUACGAGUUAACUGUGUGAAGUGAUUUAUUGGUGUGAUCGAUGAAAUGUGAUGACAGAGAGAUGGUUGCCAAAAUGUAAUGUGGGUAAAUUUCCACCAGUGAUCGGUUUACAUUGAUUCUUUUUGUUCCAAAGCUGUUUAUAUAUAGUUUCUCAUGCAGUCUUUCAUAAAGUUGAAACAACAUGGUGUCCCCGAUACCAAAUCAUUCGCCUGUGAAUGGGUGUAGUGUCUCUAAACACUUGUAGCUCUUUUGUACUUUGAUCCAUUUGUAGGUAAUUUCUAAAUGUUUCUAUACUUGAUUUUACGACAGCCUUUUUUUUAGCGCACCGAGAUUGAUCCUCUCCCUGUAAACGGCCGCAAGCGUUCUUCAUAGUGUCCUUUGGAAAUCAGAUGUAUCAGUCCACCGUAUGUGCUCGCUUUGUGAAUCAAAGUAAAAAAAGAAAAAGAGAAAUCCUUGGACAGUAUUUAUGGUGAUUAAUUAUGUGUGGGUGUGCAUGUGGAAAAAGAAAAUAGCCUACGACUUUUAUAACCAAAUUAAAUUUGAUA